UAAUAGGGUUAAAGAGGAGGAGGUUUUAUGGGUAAACAAAAACAAGAGCCGCCAAGUGCAAACAGAGACUGAGACGAGGAAUAAGUACUAGCAGUACUACUAACUUUGAUACUGGUUUUCUUCAAUUUCAUCAUUCAAUCAUGCCUAUCUUCAUUUGUAGCCCCAUUUUCUUCACUAUCGCAAUUCUCUUAUUCUCAAUUUGGGCAAUACAUAAGUUAUUCGAAAUCGAAACGGUGAAGAGACGAUGGAGAAAAAUAGAAGAUUGGUUCCACGUGUAUCAUGUGUUCAAUGUUCCGGAACUAAACGACAACAUGCAGUACAACACUUUUUACAGAAAACUUUCAAUAUACUUUCAUUCCCUUCCUUCUCUCCAAGACUCACACUUCAAUAACCUAAUCACGUCCAAUGAUAACCAAAACGACGUCGCUCUAUGCCUUAGUCCUAACCAAACCGUUCAAGACCAUUUUCUCGGAGCCACUCUCUACUGGUUCAACCAAACCGAACCGAACCGGAUCUUCAUUCUCAAGAUCAGAAAAAUCGAUAAACGAAGAAUCAUUCGUCUUUAUCUUCAACAUAUUCACGCCGUCGUUGACGAAAUCGAAAAACAAGGGAAACGUGAUUUGCGGAUUUACAUGAACGCCGGUAACGGUGCCGGUGCAGGUGCGUUGGGACUAUGGAGAUUCGUUCCAUUCACGCAUCCUUCCACCUUCGAAACAAUCACAAUGGAAUUAGAUCUCAAAAACAAAGUCAAAUCCGAUCUAGAAUCGUUCCUCAAAGGGAAGCAAUACUAUCAUCGGAUUGGCCGUAUCUGGAAACGAAGCUUCUUACUAUACGGUCCUUCCGGCACCGGGAAAUCUACCUUCGUUGCCGCCAUGGCCAAUUUUCUCUCCUACGAUAUCUACGACUUGGACUUAUCGAGAGUUCACAACGAUUCAGAUCUCAAAUCUCUCUUCCUCCAAACGACGCCGAAAUCGAUCGUUUUAGUUGAGGAUCUAGAUCGGUUUCUCGACGAGAAAUCAUCCACGGCGUUGAGUUUAUCUGCGAUACUGAACUUCAUGGACGGAAUAUGUAGCGGCGAAGAGAGACUGAUGGUGUUCACGAUGAACUGCAAAGAAAAUGUGGAUCCGGAUCUGCUUCGUCCGGGUCGGGUCGACGCACAUAUCCAUUUUCCUCUUUGUGAUUUCUCAUCAUUCAAAACGCUUGCUAGUAACUACCUUAGCGUGAAGGAUCACAAGCUAUUCCCUCAGGUGGAAGAAAUUUUCCAAAACGGAGCGAGUUUGAGUCCAGCAGAAAUCGGUGAGUUGAUGAUCACGAAUCGGAACUCGCCGAGUCGAGCAAUUAAAUCAGUCAUCACAGCAUUGAAAACGGACGGUGACGGAAGGGGAUGUAAAUCGAUCGAACGGCGCAGAGGGGAGGAUGGUGAUGAUGACGUGGAUGAGGAUGUACGUGAUCAUUCAUUUAAAGAAAGAAAGAAACUUUACGGGUUUUUAAAAUUGAGGGCUUCUAGAAAAUCUUGUUCGUCGUCGCCAAACAACAGUGCAAUGGGAAGUCCGUUACGAAUUUGUGAUAGAUGACUGAGUUGGAUGACACGUGGCAACUAUUUGUUGGUCACGGGAACAACGUGCAGCUUUUUCUAUUGCACCUGAUUCGGGGAUUUCGUACAUUAUUUUUCUCUUUUUAUUCGUACAUUAUUGAUUGAUUCUAUUGGAUGCAAUGCACACACUUAAAGAAAGUGUUUAUACUUGCCGUUUGACAAGUUGUUUGUUUGCAUGAAAUAUAGAUUGGUGGAAAAUUGGAAAGUGAAUGAUAGUUAAAAAAUCGAAAGUGGUUUACAUGUACUAGUAAAUCAGUUGCAUAGGCCAAAAUAUAUACUUCAAAAGAUAUACUCCCUUUGGUUCAAUUUGUAAGAAAGUUUUGAUUUUUUUAAAUUUAUUAAAUAAUUAAUG